AUGAGGUAUUCAUUGCAUUUGGUUGGCCUUUUGGCUGUGGCUACGACUGUGGUUGGACAUUCUACGUUUCAGGACCUAUGGGUUGAUAGGUUUGUUCUUUUCUUUUUCUUCUAUCCUCCACGAUCUUUUGGAGUUUGUGUGGGGGGAGAGAAUUGGGAUGGAGAUACUGACAUCUUUCUAGUAAAGAUGAAGCGACAAAUUGUACGCGUAUACCACUGAGUAAUAGCCCCAUAGGGAGUGUCACUACGAAUGACAUACGAUGUAACAAGGAUGUUAAGGCUGCUGCUUCUACUUGUACUGUUCCUGGUAUGUUUCUCUCUUCCGAGUCUUCUUCUACAUUUCUCAAGAACCACCGAAACAAGAAGCUGACUGGAUGACACAAAACAGCCGGUUCUAAGAUCACAGUCGAGAUGCAUGCUCAGCCCAACGACCGCGCCUGUAGUCACGAAGCCCUAGGAGGGAAUCACUUCGGUCCUGUCAUGAUCUACAUGUCCAAGGUCUCUAGUGCAGUGACUGAUCCGGGAAGUGGGGAUUGGUUCAAGAUUAGUGAGGAGGGUUACAACCCUACCACUAAGAAGUGGGGAACUGUAUGUUUAUUUUGAUCUCUUCCACUUCUUCGUCUUCACGUUCCCCUGGUUUGAGGUUGUGAGAGAGAUACUAUUGUACACCUGAAGAAUAAGCGCUGAAGACUCCCAAAUAGGAUAGCCUCAACGCCAACUGCGGAAAAAGAGACGCCGUCGUUCCGGCCAGUAUCGCUCCAGGUGACUACCUCAUUAGAGCCGAGGCCAUCGCUCUUCAUGCUGCUUCAUCAGUUGGAGGUGCUCAGCCCUACGUGACAUGUUACCAAGUCACCGUUACUGGCUCGGGAACUGUUACUCCUCCUGGUGUCAAAUUUCCGGUAUGUUUUUCCCAAUUCUCGAACUUUUCAUCCUUGUGGCCGGACGAGUGAGGGAAAAGAAUGACGUUAAGAUGGAGUGAGUUGUGGGUUGUGAGUACCAUAGCUAAUUUUCUUGACAUAGGGCGCUUAUAAACCAACGGAUCCGGGAAUUCAGGUUAAUAUCUAUAACAAUCUCAAGGAGUACAUCAUUCCUGGUCCUCCUGUUUUCACUGGAUGA